AUGGGUAUAUUUCCUGGAUUUGGUGGCUGGAUCAGUCAACAGCCUAAAAAAUCAGAAGAUGUUAAAUCCAAGCCAGUGAGAGAGACGAAAAUUCACGAGGAGAGAGAUAUUGAGAUGAAGGAGCAAAUUAAACUAUGGAGAGAAGCAAAUAAGAAGAGGGGACAAUAUCAGGAACCUCCUCCUACGAUAAAGGUGAAAACAGACUAUAAGUUAGAUGGCCUUACCGAUAUGCAAAUGGAGUUUACGAUGGGAAUGCCACCUCAAGCAGCUUACGACAUUUUAGCUAAUCAAGACAACAUAUCAUUCUCCAGGGAAAUCAAAGGCCGCGCACUUCUGAAAGCCGUAUCAAGAACAGUUACAUCAGAGAAGGAUAAAGGUGAGCUGGACGUGGUGGUUGAGAAAGAGUUGGCAUGGAAAUUCCUUUUCCUGUCAGGGACUAUCCCAAUACGUCUAACGGUCCAAGAAGACCCAAACAAACUUUCUGUAUCUUACCAGAAAGAUAAAACUGCGAUGAACUUCUUAGACACGUUCGAGGGUAGAUAUACAGUGGAGCCAGUGUAUUUUGAUGCAGAACACUUGUGCAAGCGCAGGAAGCCGAAGAGUCUAGAAGAAUACAGAAAGUGUAGUGGUGGAAAAGGAUUGAUUGCGUCCAAGGUUAAAGUGCAGCAGAGUUAUAGGACGUCUUUUCCUUUGGAUCUGCCACUCCUGUCUUCCUACUUUCGCCGGUUCACCAUCGAGACCACUAAGAAAGUGGCUGAAGAUCUUCAAAUGCGGGCUGGCGACAUCCGAGGUGUGGGAACUGAGUGGCAAGAUGAAAUAAAAAGUGAUGUGGUUCUCUAACUCACGAUUUGUGGUGCCACUUAACUACUUAGGAUUCACAAGACAAGGAAACAAUGAAGUUCAAAGCAUGUUAUCAGACAUUAGAUUUCUCUUAUCUCUCUAUAUUGUAAUUUCAUUUCGUAUUGUUUUUUGAUUAGCAUCUAUGUGGCAGACUUUCUGGCUAGUCCAGCCUAUUCAUGUGUAAUGCUUCCUUCCUAGUUGGACUUUGAAGUUAAUCUAUCUAUAAAAUUGUGA